GACCAUGUUUUCCAAUGGUAAACUGCCUGAGUAAGACAUCUUUGCUACUACCAGACGUCGAAUCGGAGUUGCUAUCUCAUUUUAAACCAUAAAUGAUACUAGUGGAAUGUCAUAUUGCUAAUCUAUAAAACAACAAUAUAUAAGUUUCUUCAUCUAAAUGGUCCUUCCAAACUUCUAGUUGUGUAUAUGCCAGGUUACUGUAGCAGGGUUUUAUAUCGAUCCACAGGAACAAAAGAACAAAACACAGUGUGAACAUGAAAUCAUUGGCACUUGUUGUCCUGCUGUGCCUUGGCUGCGGUCUGAUGUCUUUCUCAUUCAUACUCGCGUCACCGCAUAUGUGGAGUAAGCUGAUCCUGACUCAACACUGGCCGAGCACAUUUUGCAGCAUGGAACACUGUGAUCCCAAAUUUGACUACUGGACUUUGCAUGGACUGUGGCCAGAUAAAGGCCAGGAAUGCAAUUCUUCUUGGCACUUCAAUGUAACUCUAAUCCAGGACCUACUUCCAGAGAUGCAGAAGUGGUGGCCGGAUCUUAAAAUGCCAGAAUCCUCUGGAUUCUGGAAAUAUGAAUGGCAAAAACAUGGAACAUGUGCUGCAAAAGCUGAGUCCCUAAACAGUCAACACAAAUACUUUGGCAAAGUCCUGGAGCUGUAUCACAAGUUAGACCUUGAUGGAGUGAUGAAGAAAUUCAACAUUGUGCCCUCAGAGACUUACUACACUUUUGACCACAUCGAAGGAAUCAUUCUCAACUUCUACAGUGUGAAACCAAAGAUUCAGUGUAUUCAUCCAGAGGGAGGGAAGGUGCAAAUCUUGGGCCAGAUCGAGAUCUGCUUCGACUCAGACUUCCAACUUGCCAACUGUGAGCAUUCUGAGACAGACACUCUGAACCUAACUGACUUCCUGAAUGUUAAGGGUACAGAGUUUAGUGUAUGUGACCAUGCCACACCAGUCUACUACCCUCCCCUGAAGGGGAAGCCAUCAAUGUAGUGGCUAGUGAGGUCAGGUUACUCUAUAACCAGUCAUAUCUCACAUGGAACAUACACUCUUUGAAAAAAGGGUUCCAAAAGGGUUCUUCGGCUGUCCCCAUAGGAGAAUCCUUUCUGGUUCCAGGUAUAACCCUU